CAGGAGACGAAAUUGUCGCUCUCGCCAAACUGAUGCGCAACCGCCUUGAGGAGCGAGGGAGCGAGCUGCGAUGGCAUGGUCGAGGCCAAUUCGAACUGACUGCAUUUGGCGAUACUGCGAUGCGACUAGAUGACGGUGCGGAUCUUGUGUCCCCAGGAAGUUCUAGCUUCAAUACGAAGAAACGACGAGACAGAGAGAGUGGCACGGAGAAGGAUAAAGAUGUUAUACGAGCAGGAGGACAAGAAGGCGAGUGGUCGGCACUAAUGCGACGUGUCAUUCGUGAAAGCCUUCUGCUGCACGGACGCCGUGGGGGCUACAAUUCGUCCUCAGGGUAUAAGAGUAUCAAGCAAGAAGCGGGCGACGGUGGUGGAAGCGGUUUUUUGGCCAGAAACAUGGAAAGCAAGGAUGCUCGGGCCUGGUUGUUGUCGUCCUCUGAGGCGCACGUGGCGUUUCCUGCACCUGCGAGAGCGACAGUGAGAUUGCAAGUGGAUCUCAAGGAGGAGUUUGGCGCGAACGCAAAGCGGAAGGCACGCAUUCAGCGAGACUACUUCGUUCAUUUUUCUCGACGAAAAUUCAACAAGUUUUUGCUCCACGAGCGUGCGAGAAUAAUGGAGCACCUGCAGCGGGAGGGCGAACCGGGCAGGUUCUCUUUCGCGGGGAUGUGCUAUGCUGAUCGGGAGAGCAACAAGCCGGUAUAUAGCCGGCCUGCUGUGCUCGAGCGCCUGCUCUUCGGUAACAGCACGAUACAAGAGGGAGGGCUAGGCAUCGAAGACAGAUACGAUCCAAACGCCUUUCAUUUGCAUUACACACCAAUUAUAUCUUCCAUAUCGAUUGGCCGCACCUGCAGGCGGCUGAAAGAGCGUUAUAUUGCGAAAAUCGAUGUGCGUAAGCUUUUGCACCUUCUUGCGACUUCGGAAAACGAAUCACUAGCAUCAGCUACAAAGCUUGCUAUUUGCACAGUGCUGCUGAAAGUGGUGCUUGGUAUGUUAUCUUCCCAGGUGCCCAGGCAAAGCGUCCGUGACGCUUCAACAUCACCCUCUGCCCCAGCACAGAGCAACGGCUUUUCACCUCUCUUACGGUCUCCUAGUAGAACUCUCGAGUCGGGGGGUGCCAGUUCUCCCCAUGGCCCCAGUUGGCCGUCUUCUGUCCGCUCAAGCGCGAAAAGCGCAACUGGACCGGCUUCUGCUGAAAGUGAACGAAAUAACACUACACGAAGCACGCGAAUAGGCUUGUCGAGAAGUGCUCGGGCACCAAGUGCACUGGAGGAAAAUCGGGAUGAUGUUGAUCCUGCGACUGUGAGAGGUCCUGGAAGGGGAGCCCUACUAGAGGAGGAACGAGUAUUAGAGCGGAAAGGCGGCGACCUGAAACGGAAGUCUUCCGUGCGCUUCGCUCUGCCAGGUGACCCAGGGGAGGAAGAGAAGGGUGACGAUCAUGAGUCCAUUUUGGCGCAAACGCACAUGGGCACGAAUGAGGGACUCUUUAGCGAUCGGCGCGUGUACGAUUGCAGUCAAGAACUGCGGUUGUUUCCUCAGUUUAUACAGGAUGACACACUGGAACAGAGCUGCUUCAAAGAGGUGGUGAAAAUUGUGGACUGUCCGCAGCCCAACGAGUCACCCGCAACGGCAGUAUCGUACCAGAUAGCGAUCACUUUUAGGGACCAAGGCGACUCCCUGCCCGAGAAUUCCAAGCUGAUUCACCGCUUUUGGCAAAACGAUACUGGAAAAGACCAAAAAGAACAAACCCCGAAAAGUGCAAUUGACCCUGACUGCUUGCGCCUGAUGCGUUUGCUUUCAACGCUUGAUCAGGCAGGUGAUGUAGUAGAGAAAGACGUUGCUGAGGAAAACACCGCAGAGGAUGGCGCAGCUGUAGGGGGCGACGGGACAAGUGCGGACAAGGUACAUGAUCCAAAUGUUCUGCACCAGUAUAACCUAGCUUUGCUACACUACGGCGAGCUUGACGCGCGUUGGAACCAGCGUUUGUUGCACGAACUCUGUGACUACACACGACUGCGAAAGGCCCGAGAGCUGCAAGAAAAGCGGAUUGCAGAAGCGAAGGCGCACGCGAACGUUCCGACAAAUGACAUGAUGAAGGUGACACGUUCGAAGAAAAUCGCUGUUAGGGUCCUUGAUGCAGGCGAGAAGGAACGCGAGACUGAGCAUUCCAGCAAUGAUCAGGUAGCGGAGUUCAGUGCCACAGUUGCUGCAGAGGCUCCCGCAGCUCCAGUGUCAGAGAUCCCGCUUGUUGAUAUCAAAGUGGUGCCCGUAGACGCUCGAUACGCAUCCUUCGAUCCGAUGGUGAAGCCCCCAUUUGACUGCGUGGUGAACCGCGUAUCUGAUGCGCAGAACUCGGAUCUGCAGAAAUUUGUCCACAAUUUUCUUACGUAUUGUGAGCUGUGGCAAGUGCCGGUUGUGAACGGGUCACACGCUUUGGCCACCGCUUGGAGUAAAACUGUGCAGCAUGCUAAAAUUCAUCGUCUAGGCUUUCGAAGUCCAGAGACACGACAGCUUCGCUCUUCGAAUUUGCACCUAGCGAUAUUGCAGAGGGUGGAGAGGCUGCACGCGGGGGAAGCCUCUACUCUGAUGGAACAUCAUGUGGUCUUGGGGACUGACACAACUUUGCGCGUCUCAGAAGUCUGUGCAAGUGGUCGUGGUUCGACGAAAAUCAAGACGAACACUGAGCAGGAGACGGGAGGGUUCCUUCUAGAAGAGGAAGAGAACACCGAAAAGGCUGUAGGCAGACUGUAUCCGCUAGACGAGCGGUCAUGCGUUGAGCACUUCGUUGACGCGGCGGCAGAGCAGGCAAGCGCGGUUGGGGGCUUUCCGGUUCUCUUGAAGCCAAACGCGGGUGGUUUCGGGCGUGGAAUUACGCUUUUUCGCGACGGCCUAGAGCUCCGGAAGUACGCUGAAGAUUGGUUUCUGAUACGUGGAAUCGAACAGCAUCAGGAGAAAACCUCAAGAAAACUGGAAGCACCGUCAUUGCGAGAGAGAGUGCUGGAGAAAAACGAGGCAAUGCAAGCCUUGUAUGACGACUUUUUCUCUCAGCAUUCCACUGACGGAACAUUGCUGGUACAGAAGUACGUAAGAGACGCGCAAAAUUUUGUGAGGAUUUGGCAUUGCGACAGGGGAAGAACGAUUCUUGGCGCAGCGUCAGUAAGGAACACGAAACUGCCAAAGUCGGGGGACGAGAAACUAGCCGAAGACGUUUUCAAUACGUGCGUUUGUCAGAGAACUGCAGAGGGUGCAGGGAAAGGAAAAGGCACCAUAGAGUUAAGGCCCUAUCCUGUAUCGGACGCACUACGAGAGCAAGUUCGGGAGAUAGCAAAUUCCUGCCACCAAGACAUGGGCAGCAUAGAGUUCUUCGAAAAGAACAGAGAAUUUUUCUUUUUCGACGUAAAUUUCCUCACAACGUUGCCAUCGCCAAAAGACGUACUUGCAGUUACGACGACGGACAAUGAAAGUGUUGAAGCAGUAGAGGCGGGUCAGAAAGCCGAUAUAGUCAACGCAGAUCAUUCGGAUCCGCAGGGAGGCGAAUCUUCGAGUAGCAUGGAUCCACGCGUCCGGGUAGUCGAGGCGAAGCCACCGGAGUCGGAAGCUGCGGCAACGGACAGUGUAGGCCUACAUAUCAAUCGGUCGAAUGGCCUUGGACAAAAGGAAGAAGACCUUGGCGCUCCACUAGAGGCGCAGCUGGCAGACUACAUCGUCGCUCGCAUGAGGCAUGAUGGUAGACGAGUCAGUAGCAAAUAUUGUUGA